GUACGUCACUAGCAGGCGACGGUGCCAUUUUGACGCCGUAUACUGCGUUGUGUUGGUGAACUGCGUGUUUGUGUCUUAAUAUAGUCACUGGAAGACCAGAAUACAGACUAAUCAUGGCUAUGCAAGCAGCGAAACGCGCUAAUAUUCGAUUGCCGCCGGAGGUCAACAGAAUCCUUUACAUCAGGAAUCUUCCCUAUAAGAUCACGGCGGAGGAAAUGUAUGAUAUCUUUGGGAAAUAUGGACCAAUACGUCAAAUUAGAACAGGGAACACACCCGAAACAAGAGGAACGGCCUAUGUGGUUUAUGAAGACAUAUUUGAUGCCAAAAAUGCUUGUGAUCAUCUGUCAGGCUUCAAUGUGUGCAACCGCUACCUGGUCGUGCUCUACUACAAUGCAAACAGGGCGUUCCAGAAAAUGGACACAAAGAAGAAAGAAGAACAGUUGAAGCUGCUAAAAGAGAAAUACGGGAUCAACACCGACCCUCCAAAGUAGCAUUCGGAAAACACCAUCCUUUUUUGUUCUCAUGUCUCUUAAAGUUAUUAUUUUUUUAAAAUUCAUUCUGAUAAUACGAGGAGCUUGACUCGCUCUUCUGACUGUAUUGCAACAUUAAUCCUGUUUUUCAUUCCGCAGUCUUUGGCUUUUUACCCAAAUAUCGCUGUACUUUCUGUAAAAUAAAUGCCCUAACGAAAUACUUUCACCACCUUUUUUUGUUAUAAAGACAUUCUAUUUCCAACAAAAACAGAACUUUUUUAU